UACACGUCAACUCAGAGUACGGCUGCUAUUAUUGGUUGUCGCUCGUCACGUGUUUAUUUUGAAGAUGGCGUCUCCAAAUGGAGGUGACGACUUUGAGUCUUCUCUGCUGAGUUUUGAGAAGUUGGACAGAGCAUCGCCAGACCUGUGGCCAGAACAGUUGCCAGGAGUCGCAGAGUUUGCUGCAUCUUGUAAAAAUCCCAUCACUAAUUCACCUCCCAAGUGGAUGGCUGAACUAGAAAGUGAGGACAUUGAAAUGCUGAAAGAGCUGGGGAGUCUGACCACAGCCAACCUGAUGGAGAAGGUCAAAGGACUUCAGAACCUCGCUUACCAGCUGGGCUUGGAGGAGUCGAGGGAAAUGACCAGGGGGAAAUUCCUGAACAUCUUGGAAAGACCCAAGAAGUGACAAAUCUUUUUUGCUUGUUUGUUUGUUUUUUCAAGUAACGGGAGAUGUGGGAUUUCAAGCUGAAUCUGGUCUAUGCGUUUAGCAAUAUAUACUCUGAAUAUGUUCAGUCCUUGACAACAAAGACUUUACAUUCAAACAGUAAAGUGGAGCAGAAAUGCUCUCUCACACAGCUGAGGUAUUCUCCCCAAACUCCUCAGCUCACCUCUUGUCCUCUAGAUAGACGCCUUUCCUUUUAUGGAAACUUAAAAUGAUUUAUUACUUUUCACAGAAUAUCUCUGUAGCUUGUAGACCUACCUUGAUUAAAUGUUCUUUAUUUAUUCUUAUUUCUAUUUUAAACAUGAUUUACAUUUUUUUGCAGUUUGUGAGGUUGUAUAAUAAACUUUUAAAAUGAAAA